AUGGAUUCCUCCAAGACCCCCGUCAAGCUCGUCAAGGUCACCCGCGUCCUCGGCCGAACCGGCUCUCGCGGUGGUGUUACCCAGGUCCGUGUCGAGUUCAUGGACGACCAGACCCGUUCUAUCAUCCGUAACGUCAAGGGUCCCGUCCGUGAGGACGACAUCCUCUGCCUGCUCGAGUCUGAGCGUGAAGCCAGACGCCUCCGAUAA